UUGACUGUCGAAAAAAAAAUAGUGUGAGUUGUUUUGGGGUCUCUCGUCUCUUUGAAUAAUCAUUUUUGAUUUCCUUUAAAAUAACUAGAAGAGUCGAAAGUCUAUUUCACAUUCAUCCAAACUAAAAAAAACAAAAGUGAGGUAUGACUUCAGCUUUGGCUUCACUGACUGCUACUUACACUGAUUCUGAGGGCGAAGACGGUAAUGAUGACCAAAAAGAAAACGGUGAGUUUGAUGUCUCAACGAAAUCACCAAGUAACUCCUUAUCCGAAAAAUCAAACAAUUCAUCAAGACCCCACAGCCCUGCUACGAUAAGAGUCACCACGAGAGUAGCCAAACUUGUUUCCUACCAUGAUGACACCGUUGCUUCUGAUGAUGAAGGCGAAUCUGAAGGAGUUCCCCACGAAGUCAUCGUUAUGGUGGAGAAUAAUAAACUAGAAGAAAACAUGGCCAAUGAUGAUGGAGUUACGAUUCCGCCAGAACCAACUGGGCAUUGUUCUAUUGAAUUGCAAGAUAAGAUCACGAAAUUUUACGAGAAAAUGCAAAAUGAACAGCUGGAUAUGAAUUCUGUCAUUCAGAAAAGGAAAGACUUCAGGAACCCUAGCAUUUAUGAGAAGCUGAUACAGUUUUGUGACUUGAAUGAAUUAGGAACCAACUAUCCUCCCGCAAUUUAUGAUCCAGGAAAGUGGACCAAAGAAUCGUAUUACGAAGAGUUAGCAAAAGUCCAGAAAACAGAAAUGGACAAACGAGUAAAAGAUCGCAAAAACAAAGCAGACUUGGCUACCAUCGCGAAGAAAAACGAAGAUGACAAGAAAAGGAAAAGCAAGUGGGACCAGCCAGGUGGAGGUGGUAGUAGCAGUCAACCUUCAAACAUAAAACCAGCAGGUCUUGUUCAGGCCUCGCUCACAACUAGCUCGACAGGAACGAAAGGAACUGUGAUAUCAGCUUUUGGGUCAUUGCCGAAAAAACUGCGACUGUAAGAAAGUUAUUUGAGUAACAAAGGAUUUAGUUGACUGAAGUAUUGGUGUCAAAUACGUUCGUCUGUCAUAUUUGAUCAUAGAGGUGGAGAGACAAAUGAUUCUGAUUGGAUGUGAGAUUCAUCAUCAUUUCAGUGUUUCUAUGAAAGAUUAUUCAUUCCCAAUACAGAGCGGUGAAAAUUUCAACAUCAAAAAAAGAAAACAUAUUCCUUGCAUCAAGGGGUAUCCAAAUAUACUCUGUGUGUGUGUUAUCCCAUUUUUAAUAUUUUCCAAGUUAUAAAUUUUAAAUGUAUUUUUGAGAACUUUCAGCCUGAAUUACUGGUAGGCUUUUCAGAAUUUUGCAAAAUAUUCCAUUCUUAAAAUAAUCAGCUUCAUAACAUCAUUGCAAGUUGCAGGUAGAAUUGGAACUUCUGGUAUGAAUGUUUAUAUGUAAAACACAUUUCUCACACCAAAACAAUGGCUGUCAACGCGUAUUUUGCUAACCUAGUUAGUAUUAUCGGGAAAUGACCGAAACUAAAUCUUACAACUUACAGUACUAGUUAUUGUGUUGGUUUAUUUUAUCCUUAUUCAUAUGUUCAUGACAUUCCUCUGGUUUCUGCUUGUAAUUAUUAUGUAUGAAAGUAAACAAUGAGCUAUUCGAAAUAGGACAUUUAUCGCUGUUUAUUGAUCUAUAUUUUUUGUUUCUCAACUUCAAAAGGUAUCCAAAAUCUUGUUGUGUUUCCAUUUCAGUAAUUUCAAAUAUUUCUUCAAUGUCCGUUCUCUAAGGCAUGUUGAGCGACACUGGACUUCUCUGAUCUAUGGAACCGAAAGUCAAGAACUUACUAAGUCACUCCCUAAAUUUUUGUAGUGUCCGACCGAAACUGGUUUUUGUGACCGAAAACGAAUCCACGGUCUCAGUUUCGGCAGAAACCGAAACUUCCUUACACGGAUUAUGUUUCGAGGGAAAAAUAAA